UCUGACAGUGUCUCUCUCUCCCUCCCCUGCGCCUGUCUCCAUCUCUUCUCCUCCUCACUGGUCCUUUAAGCCGGCUGCAUCACAGGAGCUAUCCAGUGCUGAACAGGAUCACUUUUAUUUAUUUAUUUUUCAUUUUUCUGGGGGAAGCUGGGGGAGCCAGAGUGCAUUACACAGCAUUGCCCUCAGCGUUGUUCACCACUGGUUUUGCAUUUUUUUUAUCAUCUUAUGUUUUUGGCCACCGUCUUCAUCACAAGGAUUACCGUGAAGCCAGCAUUAACCCGUGUGCUCUCUCAGAAGGUUUUUAUUUUUGCUCAUGCGUUUUCCGCCGCUCUGUGUUAUUAUCCACUGAAACAUGCCCCGUUCGUUUUUGGUGAAGAAGAUCAAGCUUGAUGAUUUCUCUUCAUCCAAUGCAGCCACCAACAAUCAUCAUCACCACCUGAACGACUCGCUCACUUUUUCAGGCUCCAUCACAGACUCGGUGACCAGCCUCGGUGUUCGUCUGAGUGAGAAUGGCUACAUCCAGGAUUACAUUACACCAUCUGUAUACCAGGGGGAGAAGAAGAUGGAGCACAAGCCGGUGUCAGACCCGCUGUACACCCACGUGAGCAGUGGCGGGGAGUACUGUGACCCCGACCUGAAACAACCAGACAGCCCCCAGUCAGGCAUGACCGCCAGCGGCUUCUACAGCGGCGAAUCGGAGGCCCUGUCCGAGGGUUACACCAUGGAUGCCUUCUUCAUCUCUGAUGGGCGCUCGAGACGAAAGGGAGACGGCGAGGGUCGCGAGGGAGAUUCGAGAAGCAGCAGCACCAACGCUGCCGUGCAAGAGAGGGUGGUGGGCACGGCUCGCCACACCUGCAACGAGUGCGGGAAGACGUACGCCACGUCCUCCAACCUCAGCAGACACAAGCAGACGCACCGCAGCCUCGACAGCAAGAUGGCCCGCAAGUGUCCCACGUGUGGUAAAGUGUAUGUGUCCAUGCCGGCCUUGGCCAUGCACAUCCUCACCCAUGACCUCAAGCACAAGUGCGACGUGUGCAGCAAGGCCUUCAGCCGGCCGUGGCUCCUCCAGGGUCACAUGCGCUCACACACAGGGGAGAAGCCCUUUGCUUGCGCGCACUGUGGCAAAGCCUUUGCCGACCGCUCAAACCUCCGCGCCCACAUGCAAACACACUCUGCCUUCAAGCACUACAGAUGCAAGCGCUGCAAUAAAACCUUCGCUCUCAAGUCCUACCUGAACAAGCACUAUGAGUCAGCUUGCUUCAAGGGCUCUGCAGACGAAGACGACUCUGGAUCAGACAACUAACAGCGUGGAAGUUGCAGAAUUUUGAACCCCCCGUUAUAGGUUCACAACUGGUAACCCCGAUCACUCUGCCUUCCAUGCCUUUUUUCUUCCCUUUUUUUAGAAAGCAAUAUUUUCACUGAGAUUAUGAAGAAGCUCUAAUGAAAACGGCAAAGACAAUUUCAGAAGAUGCUGGAUUUUUUUCCCUGCACAGUAGCUAAUCGUCCACAGACAAAUACAAUCAUUGACCUUUCCCAAAUAGAAACUGUAGAUGAUAGUUGUAGACAUAAGCAACGUGCUCAUGCGCUGGCAUGGGCUCAACUGAACACACAUAUACACACAUUCACAAUUAUAUACGAGGCCUGGCAUGUGAAUUUUUAUCAAUGACUAUACUAAUAUCAAUAGUAAUAAUAUUUAGAUUCUUGAUAUUUUAUAGCAAAUAGUAAUGAGAAAAUGAACAAAAAAAACCUAAAAAAGGACAGUGUUCUUUUGUUUUUUAGAGACAAAAUGACCUCUUGUAUUUUUAUGCUGCUUUUUAUUUGCUAAGAAUUGAAUUCUUUUGCAACUGCCAACAUGAACUUUUUAUGAAAAUGUGAACAAUAACAGUAUUUGCAAAAAAAAAAAAAAAAGAGGGGAGAUCGUUUUAAAAAGGUUAAAAGACAACCCCCUUUUUCCACACCAAUGUUAUUUUUCUAUUUGAUUUUUCUAAAAUUAUUUUUUUGUGCUUAAUAUCCCUUGUUAAAAAAACAUCUUUGUAACUGUGGGUAUUUCAAAACAUUUGAAGAAGCUUUCCAUGAUCACAGGCCAUAGAUGGUUCAAUUCUGUAAGAGCUAAGAUGUGCAGCAGGCCUGUGUAACAGGUCUCACACACACAAGUCUUCUGACGCAAAUAACCAUAGAACCAGAGUAAGAGGUCAUCAUUUUAGGAGUCACGUGUGGUUUAUUUGUCUAUAGCAAUGAAAAUACGCUGUUCUUCCUCCACCUGGGUGGCAUACGUCUGGCUGCCUUUUGGUGCGUCUGUCAGAGAAUGAGCUCUCCUCACAUGAAGUUUGAGUUUUUACUCGCCCGCCCGUGCGACUCCAAGUUAAUGCUACUGACUCGCUCACCCUCAGUUACAAAGUGACUCUUUUAUAUGUCGCUCCCAGCUCCAUCCAUUCGUUAGCCGCAUCUAAUUAUCAUGUAAAUACUUUAUUUAUCUAUUUAUUUAUUUAUUUUUUCUAUUUAUUGAAGACUUGAUUGCUAUGUAUUUAUUUAUUUAUUGUUUAUAGUUUCAAAUAAUCCGAUGAACUUGUAAGAUGCUGCUGCACUUCAAAGAAAAUGUUUAUAUGCAUGAAAACUGUAGAGAGUCCACGGGACUUAGUUUUUAAAGAGGAACAAUGUACAGUAUCACUGCAAGCGGAGGUCCAACUUAUGAAUGCAGAGCUACUUUUGGUUUAUCGUGGCAAUAACUUCACUGACAUGACAACUGACGUGUUUAACAAUCACAGCUGUCCUGUUUUCACUCAAUUUAGGGCAAUAAAAAGAAACGUCAAAAUAUUCUCGAUCUUGUCUCUAAAAGUCUGACGCCUCCUCAGGACCAGAGAUUUUUCACCCCCUAAAAUAAAAAUAUCAAAAAAGAUCAAUAAACGCCCAGAGACAGUCAUCCUUGAUACAGAUGUAGUGUUUCAUGUUUGAUCAAAUUAUAUUGGGGUAAUGGAGGCGUGAUCAUGUUACACCAAGGUUUCAAAGGUGCAAAAGCAAUAAUGAUGCUGGUGCAGUGAUUUUUUUCUACUAAAGUGCUACAAGAAACAAGCCAAGUGGAAGAGGCUGCUAUUUUAUAUCCUUAUUUUUUUGUUGUUGUAUCUCGUGUUUUGCAGAGCUGCCGUAUAAGAACAGUGAGGGACUGUUGUGAGGGACAUUUUGGAUUUGACUGCUAAAAGUAAGAGAAUAUUUAACACAAAGUACCACACUGUCCAUUGCUUAUUUAUAUGAGUGUCCACAUCAAAAGUGGCUGUAAAAAAAAGUCCUAUCUCAAUGGGAGUCGUCUGAGCAGAGAAAGUUUUCAAGACUGGGCGAAGUGACACAAUCUAAUGCACAUCCAACUCCUCUGUUAUUUGUCCCCGACAACUCCCCCACACCCAAUCAGCCAUCUUCAUCCCAACUGCCUCUAAACAGACGCACAGAGGAUGAGAUGUGCUGAAGUGGGAUUGGCGGAGGGCGGCCGAGUGUGGGAGGAUAACAGGUGUUUGCAGACAGACUGCAGAUAGGAAGCGUAAUUGAGUUGGUGAGCAACCUCCAAGGGGAAGGUCAAGCACCAGCAGGCAAAUGCACUGUCAGCUAUUUGCAUAUUCCAAAUGGAUGAAAUGAUCGCAGUGACGGCGAAUUUGAACACUACAGAAAAGAGGCGUUUCCGCUCUGUUUACCCGUCCGCUACAUCCUGUCGACGGCUGUCUAAGCAGUACAGCUGAAUCACUGCGUGAGAGCAUCCAAACCACCUGUCUCCUAUCGCCACUUGCACAACACACCAUUUGGCACGUCUCUGAAUUAUUGAACUUUGAACCGACGCACAAAUCAUGACUUCCGACAGACUCUUGUGUAUUUUGGAGUAGGAGAACGAUAAAGUGUUUUCAAAGCCUGGCAAUUUAAGGAUACAAGCGCUGAAAUGAAGAAAAGCAGGCCGGACAACGGUCACGGCAGACACUAAUUACUGAGGAGGAGGAGGCUCAACUUGACUCUUGACUUCCACAUUGUGACCGAACGCGGCAUUGUUCCUCUUUGACAAUUUUGUAAAUAGAUUUGUAAAUAUAUCACAGCUAUAAUAUGCAUGUAGACAUUUAAUUGCCCUUUUUCUACCCAUGCUGUCUUUCUUUUUUCUUAAAAAAAAAAAAAGGAGACAAAAACUGGUAUCAAUUACAAUCUGGGUGGCCACACGAAUCAGGGAGUGUCUUCAUAUCCACACUAUCCGGAAGUUACAAACAAACACAUCAGUGUAUUCUCAAAGAAUUGAUCAUACUCUGUAUCUGUUUUUUUCCCCUUCUUGCUUUCCUUUAUUUAUGUGCGCAGCUCGGCUGUGCAAAGAGAAGUGCCAAAAAGUAUGAUUUCCAUGACAAAAGCCUUCAACAUAUGGUUGGCUGCUUGAAACCUUCCAUAUGGCCCUCAAAGGAAAAACAACUGAUUAAGAUUUUCCACUUUCUCGCUCUUUCUCUCUCUAUUUCUCUUUCUCUCUCUCUCUUUCUGUCUGAUAUGAAGAAACGUAAGCCAUGAUUGCUGAGGGGUGUUUUGAUUUCUCUUGUUCUGCGACAAUUUAUGAUGACAACAAUAGCAAUGAUAACGUUAAUAAAAACAAUAGCACAAGCAACCUGCACGUCUACUUUUAUUGCUUUUUAAAAUAAUCCAGAACUGGAGGGUUUUUUUUAAAUGUAUUUUGGUUCACACGCAGCAGAAACCUGUUGUUGUUUGUCUUUCCCAAGUCAUUUUUUCAUUUUUAGCACAGCUGGCAUGACUGCAAUCAACAAUAUUUGGAUUUUUUUCUCUCAAGUAACCACUUAAAAAUAGAAAUUGGCUGACCCAUGAAAAGGUAAAAAUGCUCAAAUAUGAGAACCAAAUCGGGUAAUGAGUUAUGCAAUUUAUGUAAUCGAAUGAGUGUUCAGCUGGUGUGAAACACAUUGGGGGAAAAGUGGACUCUUCAAGAAGUCUUAGUCAACAUUAACUCAGUAGGUAAUUAUGACAGUAAUGCGCCUUCAGCUGGCGCCUCCUCUGUCAUUGUUUGAGAGGUUUUAAGGGCUUUAUUGUCAAUUUACUUAAAAUUUCAUUACUAGGAGGCACACAACUAUCCUAUUGUUGUUCAGAGAGGCUGUCUUGGAUGGGAGAGAGAGUGACGGGCUGAUGACGCUUUGAAUAAGAGCUUCUGAGACGCCUGCAUUAUAAAAAGCCCAGGCAUCUGUUUUAAGCUCUUCCUGGUCAUUACAUUUUUAAUGGGACAUUGAUUUUAUGCUGGAACUACUCUUUCUGAGUGACUCCAUAGCUGGCGGAAAAUAUGGAACAAAAUAAAAAUGAAUCAUGACAGCAGACAGGGAUUAUUAUUCUGGGCUUUUCUUGAUUGGUUUCUAGGGAAUAUACAACACUUCAAUUGAAUCGCUUGUGUCCUUCAGCGUCCUCUAGCAGCUCUACAGCAUCAUAGCUGAGCAGUGCCAAGACAUUCUUGCCUUCCAUGUGUAAAAUAAGUGAAGCUGUUAAACUAAAGGCACACCAAAAGGGUAAAUACUGUCACCGCCUCUUCUAGAAGUCAAGUUACUGUUUUAAAUGCAGAAACAACAGGACGAUAUGAACAGUGCUCAAACGUCACCCUGCCACGAUGCCCCUUAUAAGGUUUUACGAAGCAAGUAAAUAACCGCCCUUAUUACAUGGCAACAGACUGUAAAAUGGGGACCCGUGCAAUUCAAUUACAUCACCAGCGUGUGCAACAGGAGCACCGUGAGGAAGGUGGGGAGGCUAUAGCCCUG